AAUGUGUUUUAGGUAGAUAAGUUUAUACAAAGGUUUAUAAGUAGGAUGAAUAGCUUUUCUAAUUUAAGUAAGGUGAAUAGUGAUUCUUUUAAUGUACAUAAGGUGAAUAGUGAUUCUUUUAAUGUAUAUAAGUAAGGUGAAUAUCGUUUGAAACUAGACUAAUGCGAAUAGGCAUUCUUUUAAUGUAUGUAGUUUUGAUGCAUUCCGAUUCUAAUAAGUCUUGUAAAUAGCCAUUCUAUCAAUUUAAGUAAGGUGCAAGUGGUCUUGAGAAUUCAUGAAAGUAAAGUUAAUUCAUCAACUAUGAUUAACAUGUUUUAAUACAUCUAAGAAAUUAAUAUUUACUCUUUGAAAACGCCAUUUAGUGUUCUAUCCCCUCUGCGCCUCGCUGUUCUUGGACUUUACGUUUAGAGUUCUGUCCCCUCAGCUCUUGGACUUUACGUUUAGAGUUCUGUCCCCUCAGCUCUUGGACUUUACGUUCAGAGUUCUGUCCCCUCUGCGCUUUGCAGCUGCUGGACUUAUAUCGCCAACCACUGAUGGCUACGGUGAGACUUAAAUCACUUGCCCCUGCAUAAAACAAUUCUCAAACUGCCCAAAGAAGGGACCAUGAUGACUUAGGAAGUGUAGAGCUCAAGAUGUAAUUUAUUGCCAUCCAUGCUUUACUUUAUGGUUAACAGGAGCAAGGAGCUUGUGAUCAAAGCAAAGGUUUAUAGCUUGGCUGUUUGUUUGGUUGCUGAGGUUUGUUCAUGCCAACUACCCUAAGCGAUCGGUUGUCCAAGCUUAUAUCAUCUGACUACUUGUUCUGCCUUGCUCACCAGGAAGUGCCCUGCAACUGAAGACAUCUCACAUUUAUCCAGGAACUCCCCCUACAACUCAAGACAUCUCACAUUUAACCAGGAAGUGCACUGUAACUGAAGACGUCUCACAUUUAACCAGGAAGUGCCCUGUAACUGAAGACGUCUCACAUUUAACCAGGAAGUGCACUGUAACUGAAGACAUCUCAUUUAACCAGGACCUCAACCUAUAAUAGAUGGCAUCUCUCAUUUAACCAGGAACUCACCCUGCAACUGAAGACAUCUCUCAUUUAGCCAGUAACUCACCCACUGUCAGAUGCCAUCUGACAUUAACCUGAAGCACAAAAUGCUAGGACGUCACAGCCAACAUGUCGCACCACACGUCAUCCUCGUCCUUGUCACACUUGGGCUCGUCAUGUCACGAGCUGAGGGCAACGAAGCGUGUAAGGCUAACUGUCUGAUGCUCAACGCUCACUGUCCGGCUAUUGGCGACGAUGCGUGGUCGGCGCUAUUGCCUCCAAGUGGAUCACAUCUGCCAGAGAACGACUGCAUCAAUGAUGUCAAGACAUGUCUCUACUCCUGCAAUAACUGACCUUUCCGUGUUGUCAAGACAUGUCUACACUCCUGCAAUAACUGACCUUUCCGUGUUGUCAAGACAUGUCUACACUCCUGCAACAACUGACCGUUCAGUGAUGUCAAGACAUGUCUCUUCUCCUGCAGCAACUGACCUUUCCGUGAUGUCAAGACAUGUCUCUACUCCUGCAGCAACUGACCUUUCUGUGAUGUCAAGACAUGUCUCUUCUCCUGCAGCAACUGACCUUUCCGUGAUGUCAAGACAUGUCUCUAUUCCUGCAACAACUGACCUUUCCGUGUUGUCAAGACAUGUCUAUACUCCUGCAACAACUGACCUUUCAGUGAUGUCAAGACAUGUCUCUACUCCUGCAACAACCGACCUUUGGUCAUUACAUACAAAAACAUACUCACUCAUCGGAUUAUUGUGUCCUUGUAUUUAAGAAAAUGACCAAAGAAAACUCAAAAUAGCUUCGGUCUUUGCUGGAUAAAUACACUCUUUUGUAAAUUUGCUAUCAAUUUACAUUCAUGAACAUUUUUAUUUUGUGCAGCAAAAACUAAAUAGCAAUAACUUUUGUUGUUUUUUUUGCCAUUGAAGGUGAAACGAGCAAGAUGCGUACUGCCUUCAUCGUCUGCCUUCUCAUGAUGGCCGCCAUCUCUGACAGCGAGGCUAACUGCCAGAUUCAGUGUCAGAUUAAGCAUCGCUGUUUCAUGGAGCGGCCAAGCUUCUUGUUCUCCAUGAUUCCGAACUUGUGCGACGAGAAGUAUGACGCGUGCAUCAAACAAUGUCAAGGUCACAAAGAACCCUGAACGGAUCACGGCAGCCCCUUUAAAGGGCAUGUCAGAUUUAACGCCCUUGAAAAUUUUUUUAACUCGGUGCUUCACACACAAACAACUCGCGCAAUCAAACUCGCAUAUGCUUUAGUUACACAGGAAGCCAAUAUUCACAGCCACACACACAUACAUGCGGACAAGGAAGUACAAGGAGUGGGGUUUAGGUAAGACCAAUAUCUAAGGCGGCCGUCAGCAGUCACUAUGGCAACGCUCCAAUGUUCUAUCCGCAAUACACAGAAAUAAACUACUCAAUGAAAAGACACAUCAUGAGCUACUCAAUGAAAAGACACAUCAUGUACUACUCAAUGAAAAGACACAUCAUGAGCUACUCAAUGAAAAGACACAUCAUGAGCUACUCAAUGAAAAGACACAUCACAUUAAAGAUAAAGAAG